UUUCAUUCAACUUUUCUAAGCUUUUCGCCCUUCGCGUUUGGUAUUCGCUAUUCGCCACUUUGCCCGCUGUAUUUUGUAAAACUAUCGUCAUUGUUCUGUAUACUGUAUUAACUGGAAAUAUUUUAUUGCUCGUCGAUUUCCGUCGCGAGUGAUGCCUAGUGCCCGUUUGGUUUCGUUUCAUAAACAAAUAUUCACUCGUUUUGAUCCUGUGUUUUCUAACAUGUGAUUACAAAUGUAAAUAAUUAAUUAAAAUUAUCGCACAAAAUGGACGUGAAAGGUUCUAAUCGUGGGUGUAAUGUGUGAUUACUUUAUUAUUGUUGUGUUUGCAAAUAUUUGUAAGUGUGAAAGUGUAUUUUUUUGAAGGAUUUUGACAUCUCCCGUCUUCUGGCUAGCCGACGAUUCGUGCUGAAACUUCGAGCGAACAGAAUGGAGCAGCUGGAAUACAAACGAGAGAGGUCCAAGAACUAAAUAGAGGAUUCAAAAGUCAAACACAUAAUGAGCUAGACAUCAGACAUUGUGAUAGUAACAGCCAAUCAAAUAGGCCUAUUUUAUUAAUUACAAUUACUAAUUAAAAAUACCUAUAUAAAUCGCGUUCCUUUAGCAUAUAGUGUCAAUUAGCAUAAACCAAAGUAAAAUUAGGAUCCUACCUCUAUAGAAAAAAAUUCAAAAAAACUAUAUUUUCGAACCAAAGCUAGUCUUUUAAGCAUGUCGAAUCAGAUACCUAUAUAUAGCCAGGUUGUACCAAAAUCCCAAUACCGGGCGAAGAAUUCUAAAGUCAGUAAGUCCCAAAAUCCGCCGAGAAACGAUUUCGACCCUCUAAAUUAUAAUAACGGAGGGAAUUUCGCUAUGAGUUCUCCCCUUGAUGGGAAGGAGAAGAAGGAGGAGAAGCCUAGGAGGGUUAAAGAGGAUUCUGGGAGGACUCGAAGAGUGAGGAAUGAGGCUAGUGAGGGGAAGGUGGAAGCUUACUUGAGGCAGUACCAGGUCAGCAUGAGGCAGCAGCAGCAUCGGCAUUCUGCUGUUAGACAGGCUGAACAUCGGGUUAAUCUCAGAUCUCUUCCUCUAAAUGACGUGGCGACAUCACGCGGCCAUGACCGAACGCCGACUGACCGUCACCGAGGCUUCCCAGAGAGAGAUAGAGAAGGUUCCAGAGAACAUCGGCGCGAGAGAGACAGGGAUAGAGAACGGGAGCGGGAUCCUUUCGAUUUUGAUGCAUCAAGGGCACACGAGAAAGACUCACGUCCCGUUCGAAAGUCCUCCUCAGCACAUCGCGUCACGGAGACCAGCAUAUCCACAGACAAGAGGAAGUUCUUCUGCAGGGAGUGGGCUUUUCAGAAGAUUGCUCACUGCCUGGAACAGCGGCCAGUCAGCAAGACCUGUGGGGCGCUUAUACUGGGUGAUGCGGGCAGUGGUAAGACAGCUCUGUGCCAAGAGUUGAGUGAGCCAGGCCAGGGUCCGCAAGCGAGACAGCAACGCGCGCUCAACCGUAGGCUACUUGCAAGGCACUUUCUGCAGAGUCACACAGAAAGCAGCUUGCGUCCCGGCGAGUUCGUUCGCUCCUUAGCCAUGCAGAUACUUAGUCACUCCUCCAGAAGACCAAGAGCUGAUAACUCUGACCUGUCUCCCAGAGACCCUGAUACUCCACACAGUCACAGACGUAAUUCUGAAGAGGAGCGUUUGAUCAGCCGGUUCCGUGAGCUCGGAGAUGAUGGCGAGGAGAGCUCGAAGCCAUUGCUUGCUGAUAGUGAAGACCAGCGUACGGACGAAGAAGAUGGUGGUUGCAGUUCUCGCCCCCGUCCCUGCAGCCCCCCAGGGGGGGUAGAUCCCACUACGGACACCACUGCCGAUCCCCAUGCCGACGCACCGCUCAGCGCUCUUGAUGAUUUGCCAGAAAUCUUGCCAAGAUCGUCAGUGAAGCCGACAAAUCCUUUCGUGACUGAUGAAAAAGAUGAUCUACGCUUGUACGAAAACCACGAAAACUUAUUCCUACGAAAUAUUUCACAACGACAGUCGAAAGAAAUGAGAAAUUCGAGGCUUUUGCGCCAGUCUUCUGAACCUCUAUCGGAGAAGAAGACCAGUCUACUACAGAAAAGUCUGUCUACCGAGCAGAAGAACGAUAGCUCUGGCGAAGAUCGAAAGGUGGAGAAUAGCCCGCCCAAGUCCAGGAUACCUGUGGCUAAUUUCAGGUACCCCAACAAAAGUGACCUCCGAUCCGCUGAGAAUUCACCAUCCAAGAAACCAGAAAGGCCUUCGACUCCUAAAGAAGAGCUGCCGGAAUACCAGAACGUUUUGAAACCAGAAGAAGAAGUACAAGAGAGUGAGAAAAAGAAAGAAGAAGAUGUACCGCCUCCCAUUCCUAGUCUUCCUAUAAGCCCUAGGACUUUGAUAGCUAAUGCCUAUUAUGAUAAACUGCUGUCUGAACCUGAGAUUCAGCAGGCAUUAUUACCUCAAAAUUUGGAGAAGAAUCCUGACGAGUGCUUCAAGAAGGCCCUCCUGUUCCCUCUCUUGGAGAUAGACCCUCCCAAGCAGUGUCUUUUCUUGCUUGUGGAUGCUAUCGACGAGGGAAUCUCUGGUGGUACGUGCGAGGAGGGCUCGGUAGCGGAGGGCUCGGCGUCGGUGGCGCGGCUCCUGGCGCGGCACCAGCAUCUGUUCCCGCACUGGUUGCUGCUCGUCUGUACCGCCAGGAAGCAUUGCAGGAACCUCACCAGGAUGUUCACUGGGUUCCGCAAGAUAACCUUGGAUGAACUGCAACGCGCGCAUGUAUCAGCCGACGUGCAACGCUACGUACUGGCUCGUCUGGACACUGAACCCCGACUCAGGGCUCGAGUGUCGAGUGACUCCACGGCGGCGGCGGCGGCGGCCGCAGCCUUAGACCAUCUGCGGAUCAAGAGUGACGGCUGUCUGCUUUACUUGGAGAAGGUGCUAGAUGGUGUGGCGGACGGGUUCAUAGCUCUGAGGGAGAUUAGAGAGAUCCCCGGCACUCUGAAUGGACUCUAUCUCUGGCUCGCGCAGCGACUCUUUCAUGGGAGACGAUUCACCAAGGUACGUCUCCUGCUGGACGUGUUGCUGGCGGCGCGGUGCGGGGUCACGGAGGAGAUGCUGUACAAGUGCCUCCUCACCAAGGAGUAUUCCGUCACCAGGGAGGACUUCAACCGACGACUGCAUCUACUCAGGCGCAUCCUCGUCAUGGAGCGUUCUACUGGCUACCUGUCAAUGUUCCAUCACUCUUUCGCCAAGUGGCUGGUGGAUGUCAAACACUGCACUCGUCGAUAUCUCUGCUGUCCCACUGAGGGACAUGCCGCUAUAGCCAUGUACUACACGCUAGACGCCAAGAGGCUAAGUGCGUUGGAGAUCCACAACUAUGUGUUCCACAUGACGAGCUUGGAACAACACAUGGCUUCGCAGAAGAAAAGCAAAAACACUGAACAGAAAGAAGAUGAACUGGACUUGCACACGCUGAUACUGCUGUGGGUGCUGGAUUCCGGCUGCGAUGUCGAGGCUGCGCUACGACGGGAGAGCGAUACUUACAGGCGGCUGGACAUGGAUGAUACACAGGUAUGGUCAUCAUCAUCCAAUUGCAUUGAUGGUAACUCCAUUAGACUUCCACAGACUGGUAGAUGAUAGCAUUGAAAGAA